AUGAUUCGCGUGGCUGUUCCAUCAGUGGCUGGUGUUGUAACACGAUCAGUCGCGAUAUCGCCGAAUAAGAGUCACGAGGAAGAAACGAAGCGCGUUUGGCGAAACGCGGAAGCUGUAUGCUUCGACGUCGACUCAACAGUAUGCCAAGAUGAGGGAAUCGACGAAUUGGCUGCCUAUUUGGGUUGCGGUGAAGCAGUGGCAAAUGUAACCCGGACGGCAAUGAGCGGCAAUGCAAGAUUUAGGGAAGCAUUAGCAGCUCGUCUUCAAGUCAUGAAACCAAGUAAUAGUCAAAUUGAGGCAUUUCUAAACAAGACCAAACCAAAACUCACUCCCGGCAUCAAAGAGCUUAUCGGACGCCUACACUCGCGCGGAGUUGACGUAUUUCUUGUGUCCGGCGGAUUUCGCCGGCUAAUAUUACCGGUAGCCGAGCUUCUAGGAAUCGACAAAUCGAAAAUUUUCGCAAAUGAGAUACUGUUCGACAAAACCGGAAACUACGCCGGAUUCGACAAAACCGAACUGACCAGCGAUUCCGGAAGUAAAGAGACGGGUAAACCUGCGGUCAUCUCGCUUAUCAAACGAAAAUUUGGCUAUAAAACUGUGGUGAUGGUUGGCGAUGGUGCAACCGAUGCCGAAGCUUCGCCACCAGCCGACGCCUUCAUCGGAUUUGGCGGCAAUCAGGUCCGCGAGUCGGUUAAAGCGCGCGCCAAAUGGUACGUUACCGAUUUUGAUGUGUUGCGUAAAGAAUUGGAUCACGAUGACACAGACGACGAAUAA